AUGGCUCCUUUCAAAGUGAUCGAUGCCUUUGUCAACGACGGGCUUUUGAACCAAAGAAUUGUUCUUUCCGUUCCGUUAGUCCAUGGGAGCAGCCUGUCUGAGCAGAUCACCAUUGUUGCCAACAUCACACAGAAGUACGACCAGAAGCUUCACACGGAUAUCUGGAAAGUUGUCUUUCCCUCGGAAUCCAAACCACUUGCAUACAUUCAAGGUGGCCCUGGAUUCCCAUGUGCUGUUCCAUUGUCCAAUUCCGGACUUACUAAAGUACUCAUUGAUGAUGGAUACCAAGUCAUAUACUACGACCAAAGAGGUACCGGUUUGAGUACCCCAAUUGACACGGAACUCCUUCUUUCGAAGGGCUCAACUGAAUCCAUUGUCGAGUACUUGACCCACUUCAGAGCAGACUCGAUAGUUCAGGAUUUGGAACUCAUAAGACAAGCUCUCUUUGGCGAGUCCAAAUGGCUGAUAAUGGGUCAAUCUUUCGGAGGAUUCUGCUGUUUUUCGUACUUGGGUUUAUAUGAAAAUCUUGAGGCUGUUUUCAUCACUGGAGGCGUACCACCAGUUGGCUUUAUUGCCGAUGAUGUCUAUACCCAAACAUACAAGCGCACAGCUGAGAGAAACAGACACUACUAUUCCAAAUACCCGGAGGACAAGAAGCGCGUGAAGCAAAUUAUAAAAUACUUGAGUGAAAAUGACGUUCUGUUGCCUGAUGGCGGGAAAUUGACAGUCGAAAGGUUCCAACAAAUCGGACUCAAUUUCGGUGCAUCUGGAGGAACUGAUUCGAUCCACCAGCUUGUGAUGAAGUUUGCCUGGUCCUUGGAGACGCAAGGCAGGGCGUCUUAUGCGGUGUUGAAUGAGAUUCAGCUGACUUACAGCUUUGACACCAAUAUCUUGUAUGCCUUGUUCCAGGAAUGCAUUUAUGGUGAUGGCGAAGGCAAGGCUACCAACUGGGCAGCCGACAGAAUCCGCUAUGCCGAAGGAAAUGAGAAUUUCGUCGUAUCGACGCAGCUCCUCGAAUCUGACGACCCUGUUUACUUUACUGGUGAAAUGGUCUUCAAAUCCAUGUUUGAGGAUUACGCCCAAUUGCGUCCUUUGAAGGAAGUGGCUCAUGCUCUACACUCCUACGAAAAAUGGUCAUCGCUAUACCCUAACAACUAUGCUCAAUUGACAUGGGAUAUAGUGCCUAUAGUGGCUGCUACGUAUUACUACGAUCAAUAUGUGGACUUUGACCUCACCAUGAAGGUGAAGUUGAAUCUAUUCAAGGAAAACGGUAACUUGAGACAGUAUAUCACUAGCGAGUUUUUCCACAAUGGUCGUGGGUAG